UUGUAUUUUUGGAGAGAUUGCGAUUCGUUGAACGAAUUGGUUGCAACACACGGCGGACGAUGGUGGGGGAGCUACCGGGCGUGGUUAGGCGCUAUGGUUGCAUGAUGUGUCAAAACGAGCGCACAACUCGUUCGCUGUGCGGACGGCUGGUGCGCCACGCGACGGGCAGCAGCCGGCGUUACCUACACGGCUGUGGCGGAGAGCUCGUUUUGGGUUGUCGACAUGACAUCGACGAAGCUCCAGUGUAAUCCCUCCGCCCCGUCUCUUCCAGUGGUCGUGCCUCUUCCGCCCCCCGCCCUUGCCGUGCAUGUUUUUGACGCUGCUGUGGAGGGCGACUCCUUGUACUGUCUUACGAUCUACCUCGUCCGGACAACCCAGCGUCUGUCUGACCCAACGGCCGAAUCGAGCAAUCAGCUUGUUCCACGAAGAGUUUGAAGGUUGCGUUUGCGCGAGGAGAAACCUACUGAUGAUGGUGUUGUUACGGCCUAUCGCUCAUCCCUCCUCCAGUAAUGGGAACGCGGGUGACCCCCGUUGUAGCGUUCGUGCGACGAGACGUCGGUCCCCUUCUGCCCAAUUUGGUGCUGAGUCCGGACGAGACUAGUACCCUUCGCGAAAACACCUUCAACCGUCAUGGAUGCUCCCUUGCCCUGCCCAAACCGCGCGCUUUCGAGACGUGGCUAGCACAAGUAGCCGUAACCUGUUACCUUGUGCUUGGACGGACUCUUCAAUAACAAAUUCAUCGCACCAGCAUUGAUUGAUUGUUACCGUGUGCACACUCAACAGCUUUUACGUGCCAACAGCAACAAACAUCAUGCAACGACUGUCGUUGGUGAAUGAUUUUUUUCACAGGUGAAGAGCGUGUUUACCCUGUCCCUGAGCGAGCUCCUAGACCCGUCGCUACGCACGAUGGAUGAGCUGUACGAGCAAGGGCAGUUCCCAGUUUUCACCGCCGGGCCUCAACGCGUGUGGGGGCUGACCGCGGUCAUUACCGACGGCGUACUUCGAAACGGCAUCGUCCCGCUGCUGCUGCUGCUGCAGCAGCAGCAGCAGCAGCAGCAGCAAGGAGACGACAGCAGCAGCAGCAGCAGCAGCAGCAGCAGCAGCAACAGUGGCAGCAGCAGCAAUAGCAAUAGCGGUGUUGGUGAUGAUGAUCGCGUUCCGGGGGACAGAGACGGAAUUGAUGAGGAGAGCCUUAGACGUUCGUCGCUCUAACUUCAAGGCAAUGAUCUAAGGGCGCGUUUGGACGCUUUUGUUUGUGCCUCCCGAACGCAACAUGUAUUAUCGUGCCUGUGUCCCCCAUCAUGAAUGCCGUCGUAGAACACCGGUUGUUCGUGGUCUAGUCUAGAAACGAAACCGCGAACAAACGUGUGUGUGCAGCGUCUUCCUGCCUGCGGCCGGACGCUCUUCGCAGUGGGGUGGUGUCGCCGAUGCUCGGGUUUCCUUGCUUCUUGAAUUGAAGUCGACGGCACAUGCAUGCCUCGCAAGGAUAAGAAAGGAGAGGCCUCAGGGAGGUAAGCCUUCGGUGUGCCUCUCAAUCAGCAUUAGUCUAAGUUCCGUACACAAACACACCGAAAUCCAGGGGAACAUAAGCAGUGGUCGCGGACGGCAGCGGCAAUCAAUGGGGCCUGCUUCAACAGGGGGUUUUGUUCAGCAAAUUUCGUUUUCUGGCGAAACCACACAUUGAUGUUCUUCACGGAUUUGUGCCUAAAAUUAAAAGUAGAUUAAUAGUCUAUUGUAGCAAUGAAUUGAGCAUUGUCAAACUGUUGGGAUUUGUAUGAAAGAACUGACUCUAUUCUA